AUGAGCAUCUUUAGAAGGCAGAAAACUCUCUGUUCUGCAGGCUAUCAGAGAUCUCUAUCAGAACCUGCUGGUGGUCCUUUAGGAGGUGGAACUAGUUUAAAAAAUUGUCAAUGGUGUCGUCCAGCAAAAAGCAAGAAGAGGACUUAUGAGCAUACCAAUUCUGAUCUGGGGAAACCACUGGGUGCUUAUAGGUGGCAGACACAUCCCAGCCUUCGGUGGAAAGGGAGCAAAAGAAAGAGAUCACAGAGUCAAAGAAGUGAUCACGACCAGCCCCAGUCCUCUGAGGGCCUCCUGACAACAGUCCACAGCAAUGUUUGUACUGAUGAUGUGCGUGGAACACCAGCAGCCAUCCAAAGUGGCGGCAUCAGGUCAUUUCGGGUUCCCUUCAUCAGAUCACUUUCUGAACCUGCACCUCAUUGCAGUAGCAGACCUGCAAGGCCGCUUCUGACUUCAGUAAGGUCAGAGAAUUCAGAACAAGAAGGAUAUUUCACUCGUGGCAUUUUUUCUACUCUGUCCAGUGGCUUCUCUCGAAUGCUGAGUCUAAGAGGAGAACCCAGCAGGGAGCCAAUGAAAGAAGAUGUGAAAGGGCCACCCACUCACCGCCUGUCAUGUGGCCAAUCACCCUACACUGAAACCACAACAUGGGAGCGGAAAUAUUGCAUACUCACAGAUAGCCAGUUGGUGUUGCUCAACAAAGAGAAGGAGAUACCAGUGGAGGGAGGACAGGAGCAGCAGACAGAUUCCACCAAAGGGAGAUGCCUAAGGAGAACUGUGAGUGUCCCCUCUGAGGGCCAGUUUCCCGAAUACCCACCAGAUGGCGCAGCCAAACUGGAGGUGCCAGCAGAAAGGUCCCCAAGAAGACGGAGCAUCUCAGGGACCAGCACAUCAGAGAAACCCAUGGAUGCUGCAAAUACUUCACCAUUCAAAGUACCAGGCUUCUUCAGCAAGCGUUUGAAAGGCUCCAUAAAGAGGACCAAAAGUCAAUCAAAACUUGACAGGAACACGAGUUUCCGGCUCCCGUCUCUUCGCAACACAGAUGACAGGUCGCGUGGACUCCCCAAGUUAAAAGAGUCUCGUUCCCAUGAAUCUUUGCUCAGCCCGUGCAGUGCCGUAGAAUGUCUGGACCUUGGCAGAGGGGAGCCAGUAUCAGUCAAACCGCUACACAGCAGUAUCCUUGGACAAGACUUCUGCUUUGAGGUAACCUACUUGAGUGGAAGUAAAUGUUUUAGCUGUAAUUCAGCUUCAGAGAGAGACAAGUGGAUGGAAAAUCUACGCCGGACAGUACAACCCAAUAAGGACAAUUGUAGAAGGGCUGAGAAUGUUUUACGAUUGUGGAUUAUUGAAGCCAAGGACCUGGCCCCCAAAAAGAAGUAUUUCUGUGAGCUGUGCCUUGAUGAUACUCUUUUUGCUCGUACAACUAGCAAGACCAAAGCAGACAAUAUCUUCUGGGGUGAACAUUUUGAAUUCUACAGCCUUCCCCCUCUCCAUAGCAUCACAGUUCACAUUUAUAAAGACAUGGAAAAAAAGAAAAAAAAGGACAAGAAUAAUUAUGUAGGACUUGUCAACAUACCCACAGCCAGUGUGACUGGUCGCCAGUUUGUGGAGAAGUGGUACCCUGUGAGCACACCUACACCCAACAAAGGGAAGACUGGAGGUCCUUCUAUUCGGAUUAAGUCACGUUUCCAGACUAUCACCAUUCUACCUAUGGAACAGUACAAAGAAUUUGCCGAAUUUGUCACCAGCAACUACACCAUGUUGUGCUCUGUCCUCGAGCCUGUGAUUAGUGUGCGGAACAAAGAAGAACUGGCUUGUGCCUUGGUGCACAUUCUUCAGAGUACUGGCAGGGCCAGGGACUUUCUGACAGACCUGGUGAUGUCUGAAGUGGAUCGGUGUGGAGAGCAUGAUGUGCUAAUCUUCAGGGAGAACACAAUUGCCACCAAAUCCAUUGAGGAAUACUUAAAAUUGGUGGGACAGCAGUAUCUCCAUGAUGCACUUGGGGAGUUCAUCAAGGCUCUGUAUGAGUCAGAUGAGAAUUGUGAAGUGGAUCCUAGCAAAUGUUCAUCCAGUGAACUAUUUGACCACCAAAGCAACCUGAAAAUGUGCUGUGAGCUGGCUUUUUGCAAAAUCAUCAACUCUUACUGUGUUUUCCCCCGUGAAUUGAAAGAAGUGUUUGCAUCUUGGAAGCAACAGUGCCUGAACAGGGGCAAGCAAGAUAUCAGUGAGCGUCUGAUCAGUGCCUCACUGUUUCUCCGUUUCCUGUGCCCAGCUAUCAUGUCCCCCAGCCUUUUCAGCCUUAUGCAGGAAUAUCCCGAUGACCGGACAUCUAGGACUUUGACGCUCAUUGCCAAGGUUAUUCAGAACCUUGCAAAUUUUGCCAAGUUUGGUAACAAAGAGGAAUACAUGGCUUUCAUGAAUGAUUUCUUAGAACACGAGUGGAGUGGAAUGAAGCGCUUUCUUCUGGAAAUUUCUAACCCAGACACAAUCUCAAAUACCCCUGGCUUUGAUGGCUACAUUGAUCUGGGCAGAGAGCUUUCUGUUUUGCAUUCCUUAUUAUGGGAAGUUGUUUCCCAACUUGAUAAGGGUGAAAAUUCCUUCCUACAGGCGACUGUUGCAAAAUUGGGACCACUUCCUCGAGUUCUUGCUGAUAUCACCAAGUCUCUGACUAAUCCUACACCAAUACAGCAGCAACUAAGACGCUUCACUGAACAUAACUCCAGCCCAAAUGUCAGUGGUAGUCUCUCUUCAGGACUGCAGAAGAUAUUUGAGGACCCCGCUGACAGUGAUUUGCACAAAUUAAAGUCUCCCACCCAGGAAAACACAGAUAGCUAUUUUAGAGGUAAAACGUUGCUGUUGGUUCAGCAGGCAUCCUCCCAAAGCAUGACUUACUCAGAGAAAGAUGAGAAGGAAAAUGGACUUCCUAAUGGAAGGAGCAUUUCCCUUAUGGAUCUUCAGGACCCCCAUGCUGCUCAGAUGGACCAUGGAUCCAUCAUGCUGGAUGUGCCGAUGCGUUUGACUGGCAGCCAGCUUUCCAUAGCCCAGGUGGCCAGUAUCAAACAACUCCGAGAGACCCAGAGUACCCCCCAGAGUGCACCCCAAGUGAGGAGACCUUUGCAUCCAGCCUUGAGCCAGCCAGGCAGCCUCCAACCCCUGUCCUUCCAGAACCCAGUCUAUCACCUCAACAACCCCACGCCAUCCAUGCCAAAGGCCUCUGUGGAUUCCAGUUUGGAGAACUUGAGCACUGCCAGCUCCAGAAGCCAAAGUAACAGUGAAGAUUUCAAACUCAGUGGCCCCAGCAACAGCAGCCUGGAAGACUUCGCCAAGCGCAGCACCCAGAGUGAAGACUUUUCUAGGAGGCACGCGGGGCCAGAGAGACACAUGCCACUGGCCCUCCCCCGGCAGAAUAGUACUGGGCAAGCACAGAUCCGCAAAAUGGACCAGGCCGGGCUGGGCGCCCGAGCCAAAGCCCCCCAUUCCCUGCCACACAGUGCUUCCUUACGGAGCACCGGCAGCAUGGCAGCAGCUUCUGCAGCCUUAGUGGCUGAACCUGUCCAGAAUGGAAGCAGGUCCCGGCAGCCAUCCUCCUCCUCCAGAGAAAGCCCCGUCCCCAAAGUGAGAGCCAUCCAGCGGCAGCAGACACAGCCGGUUCAGUCACCUGUGGACUCUGCCACAAUGUCUCCAGUGGAGAGAACGGCAGCCUGGGUUCUGAAUAAUGGGCAAUAUGAAGGAGAUGAAGAAGACACUGAGCAAAAUCAAGAUGAUGUCAAGCAUGCAGAGAAGUAUGAACAAGAAAUUGCAAAGUUGAAGGAACGCCUGAAAGUGUCAAGCCGGAGGCUGGAGGAGUAUGAACGGCGGCUCCUGGUGCAGGAGCAGCAGAUGCAGAAGCUACUGAUGGAGUACAAAGCAAGACUGGAGGACAGCGAGGAGCGCCUGCGCAGACAGCAGGAGGAGAAAGAUGGCCAGAUGAAAAGCAUCAUCAGCAGGCUAAUGGCUGUGGAGGAGGAGUUGAAGAAGGAUCAUGCUGAGAUGCAAGCAGUUAUUGAUGCAAAACAGAAAAUAAUUGAUGCACAGGUCAUAAAUGGGGAUGAGAUGAUUCAGACAGGAAAAGCGGAUCGUGUCCCUGGAUUCAGCCAAUACACGGCUGAUGAGUGCCCUAACCCAGGUGAAGGAACGCUACAGCAUGCAGGUCCGCAAUGGCAUCUCGCCCACCAAUCCCACCAAGCUUUCCAUCACGGAGAAUGGUGAAUUCAAAAACAGCAGCUGCUAACCCGCUUUCCUGAAGAGACAGUGGAGACUGAAAGAAAUCGUAUUGGAAAAUACCAACCCACACCCUGUCCCCAGCCCUUCACCCUGCCCCUCCAGGUUUACAGAAUGCUGCUAAAGUGGAAUGGCAACAUAAAGGAACUAUUGAGUGGUGAAAGGAACCAUCUCCUUCAGGGCAUCAGACCAGGACUAUAGAGUCAAUGCUCUUUUCCCAUAUCUCUUUGUACAUAAGGAACUCAAUUCUGGGCCAUGUACAGAAAAUGCCACUGUAAUAUACCAAAAGAAAGUUAAUAAUGUAGAUUAUCUUUUUAAUUAUUGCUAUUUUUAUUAUUGUUGUUUUUUCUUGUUAAAAGCACUGCAGUUGGUAGAGGAGGAAAAAUAGGAACUAUAUAUGAGUGAGGAAAUGAGCUUAUGGGUUUAGUAGAAAGAAACUAUGUCUAACUGAUACAAGCCCGUGGAGUGCAGCAACAUAUUGGCAGAAUUAACUUUUCAAGGGACUGUUCUACUGGUUUGAAAACCACCUUUGAUUCCCUUGAUCCGUUUUUUAAAAAAAACAAAAUAACAGCAGCAUGACCCAAUCAAAAGAAAUCUAUACCAGUGGUAUCAGCUAAGAGUGGAUCUAGUCAAAGAGCCUUUGGCAUCCACUAUUGCAAGGGACAGAGGCCAAAAGUUACUGUAGCAUCAUUGGAUUUUGGGGAUAACGUCUAGAUUGCUGUCAGUAAAAUCUCUAUGGCAGAUUUUCUCUUUAGUAGACAAAAGGGAAUAUCCUGUUUUAAAUAGGGGAUUUUUUUUUACCCCAGUUGUAAUAAAGGGUAUUUUUUCCUUUUUAGAGUUUACACUGUAAAUAUUUGUCUCUAAAUGCCAUCCUACAUCUUUGUAUACUUCAGUGUCCUCUCCUCACCCAUAAUGGGAGCAAUCAUACCAAAAAGGAUUUAUUCUCCAUUAUCUAAGUCAUAUAAAUCUGUUAUCCAUUCCAUCUGGAAAGAAACAAGCAGAUUUAUUGUUUCUGCUCUCCUUCCCCUCCCCCCAGAAAGGGCUAACUAAACGACAUCAAGACCCUAUAUAAUUUCUGGUUUUCAAAAAUAUCACAAAUGCUUUUCUGCUUUUUAAAAUCAUUAUGUUUAUUCAGAUUUAGAUUUUAUCUAUUGGAGUGACCAAUUGGUUUUAUCCAGAUUACUAAGUCUUCCUCAUGUUGCCUCCAGCCAAAUUUGGAACAGUCCAAAUCAAAAUUCCCACAUUUGGUAAAAUGAAGUCUGCUCUUCUCUCAAAAGGAAACUGAAUCAGGAGGUGGGGGUGACAAGGCUGCUGGCACACAAAAGCUUUCAUCUUCAGAGGAGAAGUUACAUCUCACAGUAACAGGGUUGGCUAUGGAGACCCAGUUUCAACGUUUUUCGGCCAUGGCUUUCCUAUAGGAAAUAGUCUAGCUCUCUAAUACAGUCACAUGAACUAUUUAUUUCCUUUGUUCAGGGGGUGUGAAAUGUUAUCUUGGGUGAAUCUUUAUCAAAAGUACAGAAUGUUAUGCAUUAAACAGUUAUCAUACAUAUAUAGUUGCACAAGUAUACAUAUAACUAUGCACAAAUAGGAAACAAUCAAACUUUCUAUACCGUCAGAUAGGUCAAAGUGUCUUUGCUAUCUUUAACCAGGUCUUAGCAGUAAUUUUGGUUGUGGGAGAGAAGUGUCUAAUAUAAGUAACAAUAACGCUUGAUCCAAAAUAUAAUUUAAAAACGAAACAAAAAAUAACACACCUAAGGGACCAACCAUGUGCCUGAAGUAAGCAUCCAUGGGUGAUGGUGGUAGUGAUAGCUUUUUUUUCUUCACCAUGAGAGUAAAGAAGGAGAGAAAAGAGAUCAUUUAUGAUAAGACUUCUGUUGACAGAGGAGCCCAGUCAAAUUGACCUCCCAGUGUUCCAACCCCAUGUUCUUUUUCUCUUCAGCCUUGCUCUCUCUCAGAUCAGUUUUUUGUGAUGCCCCGCCCCAUACUUUCUUGUUUUGUAUCUGUACUUCUGAGUGAUUCUUCUCCCUUUCUAAUGCCACCAAACGUCUGAAAUAGGAGCUUCUCUCCAUUUGGGCUUGCCCACAAUCCACCAUGUUUAAGAGUUUGGGAAACCUGUGUGUAUGUUCCCAUACUUUACUUCACCCUCCAUUUUACACACACCCCUUGGAAUUUAUUUCACAGACUGGACUAAAUCUACUUCUUGUGUCUUUCUCCUUCACACUGAAAGUACAGGCUUGGUUUUGGUCACUUUGAGCAGCUUAACAAGGACUACUUUCAAAGAAAUGAGGGGCAGCUAGAUGGCGCAGUGGAUAGAGCACUGGCCCUGGAUUCAGGAGGACCUGAGUUCAAAUCCGACCUCAGACACUUAACACUUACUAGCUGUGUGACCCUGGGCAAGUCACUUAACUCCAGUUGCCUCACUUUAAAAAAAAAAAAAAAGAAAGAAAGAAAGAAAUGCCCAAUUUUGUGAGAAUUCAAAGGACCAAUACCCUAUCUUUCUUACAUGGCUAUUCUUAUCUCUAGCAAAAUUAAUUCUACAUGCAGCUAUAUACCAUAGAAAACUUGAUGAAUGGAUUGUCUGUUUUAAUGGUUUUAAGUAUGUAAUGUAGGUGAUCUCUUGAAUUGAGAUUCAAAAGCUCUAGUGUGUUUUUGAAUACAGAUGGUGUCUUGAAGAUGUACAUGUAGGUUUACUUAAAUUGGAAAUAAGCUUUGGGGUGAAUGCUGUUUAAGGUGAUGGAUCAGACUAAAUAUCAAGUGUUAGCUUUGUGUGGUAUUCCACUAAAGGUUUUGUUGUGAUCAAAUUCUGUGGUUAAAUGUCUAAAUCUCAUGGGAAUGUAUUAGGCAACCCUUUGCAUAAGAAACACUUAGUAUGUGGAAGGAGAAAAGGAGAGAAACAAGACAGAUGUUUUAGGGUCCAAGUUAGCAGAAUUUUAAGUAAACUAAGUAGCUUUUGUUUUCAAAGAUGUUGGCAGAUAUUAUAUUAAAAUUUAGCUUUAUCCAUUUUAAAAUGUAGAUUAUUUAAAUAAAUUUAAGUUAUUUAAAUUAGAUUUAAAUUUAGAUUAUCUACUUAUAGCCUCUAUUCAGCCAAAUCUUCCACCCCACCCUACCCCACCCCCAGUAUUUCUAUCAAGACUACAGCCCAUUAAACAUUUGCCCAGUAGGUUCAAAAGAAAAGAACUUCAGGAAGGAAAAAGGUGACUGCGCUUUAAAUUAUUAUUUGAUAUUUAUGAAUUUUCCAUUUCCAACUUUGUUGGAUAAUAUGAUAGAGAACACCAACAGAAAGGUAAAUGGGCCUGCUUCAGUCAGCUGAUAAGGAGCCCAAACAGGAUACAUACAACCACCUUUCCCCUACAAGGGAGACUGUAUUGUGCAGUGGAGCUAAUGGGGUAUAAGUUCAAUGAGACACCAUACUCCCUGCUCCUCCUGACUUCUUAUCACCUGUUGUUAGGUAUGAAAUGGUCUUUGGUUGAAUAGGAUGUGGAAUUCUGCCAAGUGCCUGUGUAGGUGACCCCAAGUUAUGGGCAAUAAAUAGUAAGGACAGUUGAAUGAAUGUUGUUAAGAUUCAGGAAAAGAGCCUCAUGCUUCAUAUUCCUAUCACAGAAUCAGAGAUCAAGCCUACUGGGUCUGAUCUCCAAAUGAGUUAACAUUCUAUCAACUCAUAAUGCUCCAUGAACCCCUGCCAAAAAAAAAAAAAAUGCGAGGGAGGAAAGCUUUGACAUGGGGCCGGUUUCUUGCAUCAAGUUAAAUGUAGCAUAGUAUUCUUUCUGUAGCAUUAGGUCUGUUUGCUUAGGUACUCCAGGCAGUCAGGAUCAACUUGCGGUUGGUCUUUCUCUCCCUUUUACUGAUGGUGGAUUGUCCUGCCUAUCUCAAAAGGAAGAAGUAAGAUCCUGUAUCCUGGACUGCUGUCCGUCUCUCUGAAGCAUUAAUUACAUGCCCUUGAACACCAUCUUAACUUUAGGAGUAAAGCUUUUCAGAUUUGUGACUACCUCUCUCUAGACUUGUCAUUGGACCUCUAGUUCUUUAAUCCCGCUGACCUUUCACUCUGUCAUUUCCCUGAUUUUAAUCAGAGUUGCAGUAAGUGGGAGCAGAAGCCAAGGGUUUCUAGUCAGAAGACCCAUGGCAAGGAAGCUGCUUCAGGGGAAAGGUCAGCAUCAUUUGACUCAGCUUUCACCCCAGUCUACCCCUAGGUUCCUUCUUAUCCUUGGGCCUUUUGGAGGCCAAUUCUUGCACCAAUGUGGGAAGUUAGACCUUUCUGGGUAGCCAGCAUCAGACCCUUCAGGAAUAAGCCAGAGUAGACCUGGACACACCAGGAUUAACUGUGGACGUGGACCCUCUCACUAGCUCAGACAUUCUUCCCCAGAACCCAUGCCACAGGCUAAAUAACUCCUAUUCUCUGCACUUUGGGAAGUACUUUGUACUUGGGCAUAGCCUCUGAAGAAUAUGUAUGGGCAGCUAUUUGCCACAGUUGUGAGAAAUUUCCCCCACCCCUGACCCCUUCCCAUUUUAUCCUCCUUCUCUCCCUACAUUCACACACUGAGAACCAAUCAUUUAAUUUUCAGAAUGUCAUUUUCAGAAAUAUAUCAAUUGAAAGUACCUAUUUUAGUAAUUCUUUAAAGAAAUGUCAGAGUUUUGAAAUUUCAAAUAGAGGUUCAUUUGUUGUUUUGAAUUAUUGUCCUCUUGUUAAAAAGCAUUCUCUAUUGCCAGUAUCCAGCUGAGAAUGCUACACUCUUGAUUUUAGGAAGGACCAAAGCAAUGAAAUUUGCAUGAGAUGAAAUAAAUAUCUCAUGAGGAGAGAAAGAGCCAGAGAAGGAUGUAUGAUCUAAAUGCAUAGUCAUGAACAUUAGCCUUCUCUGCAGCCCAAAGAACCGCAGUUUUAAAGGUGGCAAGAAAGGUUUAGAUUUCCCCACCAUCCGUGAGAUACAUUGCUGUGAUUUCUAGUAAUAUGGUGUGAUGAUUCCAACAGAUAACAAACACAGUUUUCUGAGACCCUUCCCCAUCUUAGAAUAUCUACUUUAGUAUGUAAAAACAGUGAUCAUCAGACAUUGUUGAGUCACAUUGCCCUAACGUCAUUUCAAUUUCAUUAUAUGCCUCCCUCCUAAAAAUGCUAAAUGACUUAUACUUGCAUGUAUAUACAUGCCCCAUUUAUCCACAGCUUAUUUUUAGAAGUAAAGCUUUUCAGACGUGUGUCUGCCUCUCUAGAUUCACAUGCCUAUUUAUCUUUAAAUGUGAGAAUAUCCUAAGACCCCUUGAAAGAACAAGAGUAUGAUACCAUGGGAUGUCUUCCUGCUAUAUCAUCCUGGGCCAAAUCUGAAGGAGGCUUAGCUAGCUGUUUCCUCACUACUAGACCAAGAUCAUUUAGAAGUGAUUGGAGAGCCAUGCCAAUAAUGGCUAUCCAUCAUUUUGUAGUAAGCUGGCCAAAGACAAAGGCGGGUGUAUUUAAAAGGUAUUGUUGAUGUUCUGGGGCAUUUUUGUUCCAUACUCAUUUUGUUUUUCCACUUCAACAUUUGCCUCCUGGAAAUCUUUUUGGUUUAGAUCUCCAGGUUACUUUGUCACAGUCGGAGGAGGA